CGGGGACGGGACGGCGGCGGGAGGCUCCGCAGCGGCUGCAGCCCCAGCAGCAGCGCCGGCGCCGCCGAACCCCGAUGCCUCCCCUGCAGCGGCUCGCCAGGGAAGAUGGCGCCGUCCCACGUCCUCAAGUGCUGCCAGAGGGUGCUGGCCUGGGUGCCCGUGGUCUUCAUCGCCCUGGUGGUGGCCUGGUCCUACUACGCCUACGUGGUGGAGCUGUGCGCGUUUACGAUUACCUCAACUGGAGAAAAAGUUGUCUACCUUGUGGUUUUUCAUCUGUCAUUUGUCAUGUUUGUAUGGUCCUAUUGGAAGACGAUUUUUACAUCUCCUGCUUCCCCCUCCGAUGAGUUCUGCUUAUCAAAAUCUGAUAAAGAACAAUAUGAAAGAGAAGAGAGACCAGAAUCCCAGCAGGACAUUUUGAGAAGAGCUGCUAAAGACUUACCUAUCUAUACCACAACAGCAUCAAGGGCAAUCAGAUAUUGUGAUAGAUGCCAACUAAUCAAGCCUGACCGCUGUCACCACUGUUCUGCAUGUGACCUAUGUGUACUAAAAAUGGACCAUCAUUGUCCUUGGGUGAAUAACUGUGUGGGAUUUUCUAACUACAAAUUCUUCCUCCUGUUUUUAUUAUACUCCUUAUUGUACUGUCUGUUUGUUGCCGCUACAGUCUUGCAGUACUUCAUAAAGUUUUGGACACUUUGCCGCAGGAAAUCUGCAGAGAAUUGUCCAAAGAAUGAUCUGCCAGACUCGCAUGCAAAAUUCCAUGUACUUUUCCUUUUCUUUGUGGCUGCCAUGUUCUUCAUCAGCAUACUGUCACUUUUCAGCUACCACUGCUGGCUAGUCAGCAAAAACAGAUCAACAAUAGAAGCAUUCCGGGCACCCACAUUUCGAAAUGGCCCUGACAAAAAUGGCUUCUCUCUCGGAUGCAGCAAAAAUCUGAAAGAGGUUUUUGGAGAUGAAAAGAAGUAUUGGUUGCUGCCUGUUUUUACAAGCUUGGGUGAUGGUUGUAAUUUUCCAACUCGCCUGGUGAUUAUGGAUCCAGAGCAACUUACUGUCUCAAGCCAAAAUGAACCCGCCAAAAGUUCUGGAGCCAAUCAGCCCUUUCCUGUCAGGCCACUCAGUGAGUCACAAAAUCGAUUGUUGGACAAUGAAAGUCAGUGGGUGGAAGGUGGCUCAGAAGAAGAAAAUGUUAAAUCAGGUGCAAAAAAGCAUGUUAUAGUUUCAUUGGAAAGCUGAUCUCAGUCUGUUAAUGACCAAUUAUCUCAAUGAGAAAAAGGUUUCUGCGACACAUUUGUGCUUGAAUAUUAAUUUUGUUUGGAAGAUGUUGCUCAGUAAAAUGGAACAGUGUGAACAUGUUAAAGAAGAUUUAUAAGAAAUUGUUUUUGUACAGUACAAUGGACGCUUAUAAGCACUGCUGCAGAGCAGGGAAGUAAGACAGAUGCCUUAAGAUUAUUAAUAUGCAUUUAUGCAACAUUGACUUAUAUACUGCUACAAAAGAGCCAAAUCCUGAAGUGUCCUGCGUGGGUGAGCAAGGCCCAAACAGAGCAGAAACUAUGCAUUGCUGCUGUGGGGGGAUAGAUCUGCCAAGACCCAAGCAGGCAGAUCCCGUAUUCCUGUGCACUGCAGAAGUUACUUCCAUAGCAGGUCUCCAGGGGACCAAGAAAGGGGAAAAGUGGAUGUGUUGCCCACAAACACAGAGCAUGGCCAGUGAGUCUCCACUGUGUAGCUACAUGGGACCCAAACACCACGUAAGAGAAGAGCAGCGUGAUGUAUCUUCAUCUCUUCCUAGUACCCAGUGGUAGCUGGUCACACACUUACUACCCCUGUACCCUGGCUCUGUAGUGCUGUGGGGGUUAAAAACGCCUUCCUUCAGCCCUGCUUUGUUGCAGCAAAAUGCCAAGCAGAUAAAGCUCUUUCACUUGGGCUCCACUUGUUUGCUUCAGGAUUGGGCCCCCUAGUAAUUUGAUUUCUUUAAUCCUAUCAGGAAUGUGACUCCUUAAAGUGACCAUUUAGAUAUAGUAACCUGAACAACAAUUUUAUUUUUCCUACUGUUGCCUCUCAACAUACAAAACAUUGUCAAUCCAGAAAGGAGCUAACAAACUAGUACAUUUUUCUGUUAGGGGUGCAAAAUGGGAUGUACAAGGCAGUAACAGAGCAGCAAGAUCCUAGUGGCAGCAGAAAACUUAUUGUAAGUUUUGUACUGUAUUGGAAAAUGAAACUGGAGGAAAUUACUGCUUUUUAUAUUUAACACUUGAUGGUUUAUAAACAUUGUUUUAUAUUUGCUUUAGCUUUUUAAUAAAAACAGAAGGUUGUUUUUUU